UAGGAUUCACCAUAACCAAAUCAAAUUAAGACCAAGAAUUGUCAAACACCAAUACAAAUCCCUCCUUUAUAACACCUUUUCCUCGCCUCUCCCCCACCCACAAGAAAACAAAAUCAAUCAACAAACAAACAAAAAAAAAAUUCAUAAACCAAAAAAAUGCGCCAUCUUCUCAUUCACUCUUCUUUCCUCAUCAUAAUCUUCAUAUUCACCUUAUUUUCUCAUACAAAAUCUCAACCUAAUCAUUUUCUCAAACCUCCAUCAUCAUCCCUUUCUCCCAAAGAAGCCAUUAAAAUAACUCCACCAUUUUCAACAACAAAUCUCCCGACCCCAUCACCAUUAUGCACUCUUCAGCUCUUCGACAACACUACUUAUUUACAACCCCCUUUUACCGCCAUUUAUUCUCCCCCUCAAAACUGUUCUCCGCCAUGGAAUCAGGCCGUUCUUCAAUUUUCCGGUGAGGUUUAUGGGAAUCAAUUUGAUGCGAUUGCCGGAGUUUGGUUAUCUGGGGUUGAAAUUCUUCGCACAAGUACCCCUCAAGCUGAGGAAAAUGGAACUUUCUGGAGUUUCACUAAGGAUAUUACUAAGUAUUCUUCUCUUCUUCAACAAUCUAAUAUUUCUCUUUCUAUGAUGCUUGAAAAUCUCGGUAAUGAUAAUAUCGAUGGCAUUUAUAAUAUUAGUUUGACUAUUUUGUUUUAUAAAAAUGAGGAGAUCAAAACAAUUAAGAAUCGGAAAUUAGGGUUCGGGUUUCAAAAUUUCGAGGUUGGUGAUGGAGUUUAUGAUGAACCAGCUGAUUUGGUCAUUCCGAUUGCGAAUGAAGAAGGGGAAACAGGGAAUUGGUUUCGAAUUGAGAAGGACUCUGAAGUGGUGUUGAAAUCAAAUGAGAUUCCGAUUAAUACUAAAAGAAUUGUGCUUGAAUUGUAUGUUUCAUCUCAUGGUGAUGAUGAAUUUUGGUACACUAACCCACCAAAUGAAUACAUUGAAAAGAAUAAUUUGAGUUUUACCAAAGGAAAUGGUGCAUUUAGGGAAGUUUUUGUGAAAAUUGAUGGGCAUUUAGUGGGAUCUGAGGUUCCAUUUCCGGUUAUUUUUACAGGGGGGAUCAACCCAUUUUCAUGGGAUCCUAUUGUUGCCAUUGGGGCAUUUGAUUUGCCUUCUUAUGAUUAUGAAUUGACCCCAUUUUUAGGUGAUAUUCUGGAUGGGAAAAGUCAUAGCUUUGAAAUUGGGGUGACAGAUUCAAUUAGUUUUUGGUUGAUUGAUGCAAAUUUGCAUCUUUGGCUCGAUAAGGAAUCGACUAAUGUUGAGGCUGGUAUUGGUGUUAGUAAGCCAUCUGAAUUCGAGAUUGAAAGGAAGUAUAAGUUUAAGCAAUUGGAUGGAUCAUUUGAGGUUGAAAUAGAGAGAAAGAGUCAUUCUUCUGGAUGGGUUAACUCUAGUUUAGGCAAUUACACUACCAAUGUUGAUCGGAAAUUGAAAUUCAAGAACAAAAUCAAGUUUCAACAAAAUGGUGCACAAAAGAUUGUUGAGCAAGAAGUAAAGGUGAAAACAGAAGUGAGUGUUGUAUCAGAUACUGGUUUAUUGGUGUCUUCACGAACUUUUAAACGUGAUUAUCCACUCGAUUUUGAGAUCUUGACGGUGCCUGGAUUGGAACCUGGUACCAAUGUGAUGACUACAAACAUAAAACUCGAAUUGAAGGAGAAAUCCUUCAAUGGGUUAUCGGAGAUUUCACUUAAGAACGUUCAAGAAUCAAGGGGUUCGAUGGUUGUAAUGGAUCAUUCAGUUCUUUCGGGUACAGCUCAAACCCACCAAACGUCGAGCUACAAGGAUCCAACCAGCUGCUUUUUAAGAACCGCGAGAGCUAAUGGUGGAAACCUUUUAGUCGAUUCGAGCUCUGUUUGCUCUUCUCGCGAUCGCUUCAUCAAUGACCAUGACAAGAAGUUGAGCGCUUGGUAAUAAGCUAUCUCUUGAAUUUGCUUAUAUAUGAAUGGAAACCUUCCAGUGAUUUGCUUUAUCUAUGCUUGCUUGCAUCUAAUCUCACGGUUCUCUUGAAUUUGCUACAUACGAUCUGAAAAACUCUCACUUUGAUUUGCGUAAUGUACUAGAUUCAGUUUGUAAAACGAGUGUAUUGUUUGCUUUCGAAAUUGUUUUGGAGUUCUGUUGAAUUGAAAUUUUGUGGUGUUUUUGAGGGAAAGUGUUCCUAUACUUUGUAAUAAUUGAAUUUUGUGGAGUUUGAAGGGAUGAAUUAUUUGAGGUUACUUUUGCUGAUUUUUUUUCUUUUUCUUUAUGUGAUGUAACAAGCAUGUAAUAGUUGAACCCUUUGAAUCAAUAGAAUGGUAAUAAAAUUGCAUUCAACAUUGUACACAAGCGUGGAGGGUCUCAUUGGCCGCAAUGUUCUUUGCCGUAAACUAUCCGUUCCAAACCCUGAUGAGAGCGGGAUAUAGCGGGUAUGAUAUGAUGAUGGACAUUGUACUCAAGAUUAGUGUAAUGUGCUCUUUCCUUUCUGGGACCAAAAACUUUUCGGGCCAACAAGAUUCCGAUCAUUUCAGAGUCAAAAACCAUUUUGAAGAGAUUGAGAAUCGCUCAUAAACUGUUGAUCUCUUUGAUGAUCAUCAGAUAAAUAAGUGCUGCAGCGAAUCUGCAGAAGACGAGGUUAUUUUUUCAAGAGACAAAUGAAUGUCUAAUUGACACAGAUGAAUUUGAUGUAAGCAAUGAAGUAUUGCACUAAAAAAGCAAGCACUCAAGAUUCAUUACUAGUAGGCAACCCAGAAAAGGAAGCUGUUGGGAAGAACAAUCUAUGCUUAAGGGAGGCUUACAGGGUGUCGUCAUAAAUGCCUGUUCAACAAAUGAAAAGAAAGACAACAUUUUAUUAUAUCAAUGCUAUUAUAUGAAUUCCGCCUGAACUCCUAUCUAGUCAGAGUUUGUUGAGUCAAAUUUAUGCAAUAUUAUCUUCAUAGUAACAGAGAGUUUGCUUUCCAAUUAAAUUUUAAUAAUAAAUAAUAUCCACGUCUUCGCACAUAAAAAGUGGAACAAUUAAAAGGAACAAUUCUCAAUUCUCAUAUUUAUAAUUGUUAAAAA